AAACCAGCCAGUCAGACUGCAGCAUUGAUAGUAAAUCAGCUGAUUGUACUACUCUCGGUCAGGUGGUAGUAGAGUGAAUAUAAUCUUUGCGCGAAUUUUAUUUCCAUUAAUAAUGAGCACUUCAAAAGUACAGAACGGUGAUUAUUGUGAUUAUCGUAGUCCUUUAUCGACUCGGUAUGCUUCCAAGGAAAUGCGAUAUAAUUUUAGUGAUCAAAACAAAUUCAGUACGUGGCGCAAGCUAUGGAUUUACUUAGCUAAGGCUGAAAUGGAGCUCGGUCUGGCCAUCACACCGGAACAGAUCGCCGAAAUGGAGGCUUGUGUGAAUGACAUCGACUUCGAGGCCGUUGCCAAAGAAGAAAAGGCGACCAGACACGAUGUGAUGGCUCAUGUUCAUGUAUUCAGUGAACAAUGUCCGCUAGCUGCGCCAAUUAUUCAUCUCGGCGCGACCAGCUGCUACGUGGGCGAUAAUACGGAUCUCCUGACUCUCCGCCAAGGAUUUGACAUACUGCUUCCAAAAUUGGCCGGUGUGAUACGACGUCUGGCAAAAUUUGCUUUCGAGAACCGCAAAUUGCCCACAUUGGGCUUUACUCAUCUUCAACCGGCGCAGCUGACUACGGUCGGCAAAAGAGCGACGCUGUGGCUUCAAGACUUACUGAUGGACGAAAGAGCCAUCCGUCGUGCCAGGAACGAUCUCAGAUUUCGCGGAGUCAAAGGCACCACCGGUACUCAAGCGUCUUUCCUACAGCUUUUUAACGGCGAUGAUGAGAAAGUGAAGCAGUUGGAUAUGCUAGUCACCAGAAUGGCAGGUUUCGAGAAGCACUACGCCGUUACCGGACAAACCUACAGCAGAAAAGUCGAUAUAGAGUGUUUAAACGUGUUGAGUUCACUCGGUUCAACCGUUCACAAGAUUUGCACGGAUAUUCGUCUUCUCGCCAACAUGAAGGAAAUCGAAGAGCCUUUCGAGAGCACGCAAAUAGGUUCCAGUGCGAUGCCGUACAAGCGAAAUCCAAUGCGCUCUGAAAGAUGUUGCAGCGUGGCGCGGCAUCUAAUGACACUGGUAAACAAUGUUCUUCAUACUGCGGCGGUCCAAUGGAUGGAACGAACGUUGGACGAUUCGGCAAAUCGUCGGCUCACUCUGUCGGAAGCCUUCUUAUCGGCCGAUUCGAUUUUGAUGACCCUCGAGAACAUCACGGAAGGACUAGUCGUUUAUCCGAAAGUCAUCGCUAAACAUGUGGCACAGGAAUUGCCUUUCAUGUCCACAGAGAAUGUGAUAAUGGCUAUGGUGAAAGCUGGCGGCGAUAGACAGGUUUGCCACGAGAAGAUACGCGUAUUGUCGCAAGAAGCAGGCGCGCAAGUGAAGCAACAUGGCUUGGAUAACGAUCUGGUCGAAAGAAUCAAGAAAGAUCCGUACUUCGCGCCGAUUUUGCCUCAAUUGGACGAUUUGCUGGACCCGUCGAGCUUCGUUGGCAGAGCGCCCAAACAAGUCGUCGAAUUUCUCGAAGAAGAGGUGUAUCCUGUGCUCAAAAACUAUAAAGAAGUUGAAAUCGGAAAUGUCGAACUUAACAUUUGACUUUCGAAAAGAGAUUACGGUGUUAUAGAAACCUCUUCUUCGUGUUAUUUCCAAAGAAAACUGUAUGUAAAUGUUAGAAAAUCAUUUAAAAAAAUGUUAAGUUGGCUCUAUCUAAAACAUUUUGGAAGGUAAAAAAAGUACGAAUACAACUUUGUUUAUUGUGUUAACGUUUCUUAUAUUGAUAUAAUUGUAAUAAAAAUAUAAAAAAAAAAAAUAAAUCGCACUGUUCGCCGCAGAUGUGUGCACGUGUUCUGUUGUUAUUUAAAUGAUCACGCUUUUCUCCAUCGUUUCUAAUGGACAAUCUUUUUUUUUAAUUUGACAAAGCUCUUCAAUGUAAUUGCUGUGAUAGCGAAUGAUAAUACGACAUUGAUUUUGAUGUAUAAUAAAGCGAGACAAGUAGAAAAACAGAUAGAAUUGAAAAGUUCAACAGUUAAAAAGAGAUGAAAAUAAAAACACCGACACAGAAUGUGUAUAACAUAAAUUACCAGUGGCACACAUGUACAAAGAAAAUAAAAAAAGAAGAUAAUAGA